UACUCCCGCACUUCCUGUUGUGUUUUAUUUUUCGCUCAGUGCUUUGGUCGGGCAGAUAUGGAAGAAUCUGCAAGGCGAGGAGAAAACCAUAGCCUUCCAGUGAAGAGGCACGUUCUUUCCAAAUACCGGGGAACAUUUUAAACCUCACAGCAGCCGCUGCCAGCACUCACAACAGGCGAGAGGCGUCAGACACCCAUAAUCCCGCCUCUGGUGCCCGCGACAUGGCACUCAGCUCGGGCGGUUGGGCUCCUCCAGCCCCGGUCCCUGCCUCGUCACAGCAAGCUGUGUGCGGCGGGCCUACGCCAACAGCGUGUUGCACUACUGUUCUCAUGUCGGUCCGUGUUUCCGUGUGUCAUUCCGGGAUACGACCCUUGUGCCUCCCCGGUGCAGGCAGCGAGACUCUGCGCCUCCAGCUCAGCAUGGACCCGAUCCGGGCCGGAGAGUUCAGACUGGCGCUGCGAGAUACGAGCGGAAACCGCUGUGUGUUCAUUGCUGAGUUUGACCUGCGCGCUGUUCAGUAUGAAGUCAAGUCUCCUCGCUGCCAUGAGAUGCGUCUUGCGGCGCCACCUCACGACUGCAUUCGCUUCAACUUCCGCUGCGACCGCGAGGCUGAGGAGUGGGCCACGGUGGUGAUGUCAUCGCUCAGAGAGGCACAUAGAGUUGCAAAUAUAAACACGUACGAAUCCGACGCAAAACAGAAUCCCACGGCAGCAGCUCUGGAGCGGUGGAGUUCAGCCUCACUGCCACUCACCGAAGAGCUGUGCUUGGAGCUCGCCAGGGCAAUCGAAGCAGGUGACACUCAAGCUGCUUCCCAGCAUGCAUCUGCUCUGGCUCGACAGAAAGCAGUGCUGACAAUUCAGCUGUCGGAGAAGAACUACGCUGACGGGGAGAUUAGUUUAUCUGUAGUAGUGGAGGAUGUGUCAUCUUCCUGUUGUGUCACAGUGAAAGUGUUUCCGUACAUGACAGUGGCUGCUCUCAAGCAACAGGUGUUCCUCGAGUACGGUUUCCACCCUCGUGUGCAGCGCUGGGUGAUCGGUCAGUGUUUGUGCACAGAGCCGAGGUCGUUGGCAUCAUACGGGGUGCAGAAGGACGGUGACACGGCGUACCUCUACCUGAUCUCUGCCCGGCAGGCCCGCGUCACUCGCCAGCUUUUCCAGCAGGACCUGGAGAGUUCUCUCCUCGCCCCACCUGUCCCCCCGGGCAAUGGACCCACCUCGCAAGAUUGGAGGGCUUACAGCACUCUGCCCUCAAGGCUAUCGCACGACAACCAGGGGAGCACAAGUGGAGGUUGUGACAGACCAGGUGACAUCAAAGAUGUCCUCAACUUAGAGAACCUGCGACUUAAUGAUCACACCAACAAAGCCAGUAAAACCCAGCAGACAGAGUGGGCUUGUCCCUCAUGCACUUUCAUCAACAAAAUGUCUCGUCCGGGCUGUGAGAUCUGUGCCACAGCCAGACCCGACACACACACCCUGCAGGACAAAGGAAGGAGAGAGGACCGCGGUGAGUCCGGUUUAAGCGGCAGCAGCAGCAGCAGCUGACUGCUCGUCAUCCCCCUCUGGUUACAAUCUCUCACGUACUUACACACACGCACACACAGGAUACUGCAUCCCCCCCCCCCCCACAUACAUGUUGACAAAAUACUUGCAUCGGAACCUCGAAGUGCACUGAGAGUUCUCCGUCGGCCCGCCGGCCGCUGAGGACUUGGAGCGUUGGACGCACUGUAGCAUGACGACACAGGCUGAAGCGAUGGUCGAGGCUCAGGUGAUGAACUGCAGCAUCAAGCUUCGAACAUCCACACAGACACAACAUGACGACCAUGACACACAUCUGUAUUUGGCCAGACCACUUUCUUAUUUAUUUCAUAGGGUGUGUGUGUGUGACUGUGCGUGUGUGAGACUGUGUGUGUGUGUGUGUGUGUGUGUGUGUGUGUGUGUGUGUGUGUGUGUGUGUGUGUGUGUGUGUGUGUGUGUUGACUAAUAUUUAUUUUAGAGGAGAGAGAGAGAGGUGAUAUAAGUUCUUUGCAUCCGAUUGUGUUUGGAGACGAGGACACGUCGUACAUUUCGUUUCUUUUUUUUGGUUUGUGCCAGCUGUGAAGUGAGAGGAAAGCCUUGGGUGAACGCCCUCCUCUCUUCAGGUGUGUUGUCUUUUGGUGCCAAAAUGUUUAGGAAUGGAAACGUGGAAAAAGAACAAGAGAAGGAAUGUUGCAUUUACAGGGUCGACAAGUGCUUUUAUUUUUUUAUAACAUUGUAUUAAGUGUGUUAUUUUUAUUAUCGAGAUGCAUUGAAUAAUCGAUGUUCAUUUUAUCGGUCGGUUUUGAUUUUACGAGAGUCUCUCUGGGCUGUGACAGCAAUGGAAUGACCUGUUUCCAGUACAUAAUACUGUAAAAAAAACAACUUACAUUAGCAGAAUAAACAUAAUGCAACUAAACAAA